GUGUGGUCAUGCAAUCAUGUUUCAAGAUUGCAUCUCGAUGUACGUAUAAAGCACCACUUAUUUGGAACUAGAUGGGAUUGAGCUGUCUCGGGAGUUGGAGUACGUCUCAUGUAUCUUUCAUAAAUAUUCCUUGCCGAAAUCAAAUCUUUCACCAAAGGUGAGGUUCUAGUGCCCCUGACAGUCCCAAGAUCACAAGCAUCCAUGCCGAUCCAAAAGGACGCGGAGUGGGGAACAAUUGUGGAAACAUGAGGUUCUUGGGGGUAGUUGGUCAACAGUAGCUCACAUGCACGCACAUAUGAAAUAUAUAUCACGGUCGAGGUGACAGACCCGUUCUCAAGCACAGUCAUAAUCCAUCCAUCUACCCCAGAAACUUGGUUGCUGUUCCUGCUGCAUAGACCCCUUUGUAGCUGCAGUAGUUUUGAGUAGCCUUUGGCCUCUUCACUUGCUUCACUCAGACUAGCACCGAUGCGUCAAGCUUCUCAUAGUCAUAUGUAAGGAGAAUGUAAUGCUUCUUCGAUCUGACAGCUUUUGUUUUGAGGCUUCACUUGUGAGCGAGGACACGGUGGUUCAGGCUUCAGAACUGAUGGCUGCUGCAUCUGCAUGCCAACCGUUUCAAGAAGGGAACCAGCGACAGCAGCUUCUGCCACUGCACCAUGGUGGUUCUGCUGUUCUUCCUUCAGUGUACGGAGACGACACGGCUCUGCGGCAGGCCAGCUCGGUCUCGGUGCCGCCUCCGACUGCGCCGUCGGGGAGGAGCGCGACGGAGGCGCGCGCCCUGAAGGACCACAGCGAGGCCGAGAGGCGGCGGCGGGAGAGGAUCAACGCCCAUCUCGCUGCACUGAGGAGGAUGAUCCUUGAUGCUAGGCAGAUGGACAAGGCCACCUUGCUGGCCAGGGUGGUUUGCCAGCUGAAGGACCUGAAGAGGAAAGCCGCCGAAACCAGUCAGCCGCUGCCCAUCCCUGCAGAGGCCAACGGCAUCACCGUCGACUGCUACACGGGCGCCGCCGCCGUCGGCUACGGGAGGCCGGCGACGUACAUCAGGGCCUCCGUCAGCUGCGACGAGCGGCCGGGGCUCCUCGCCGACCUCGCCGGAGCGUUCCGUGGCCUGAGGCUGAGGCCGAUGAGAGCAGACAUGGCCUCCCUCGGAGGCAGGGCACGGUGUGAGUUCAUGCUAUGCAGGGAGGAGGGCGAUGUGGUGAGCGCCGGCCGCUUGAAGGCUCUGGAGGACGGUGUCCGGCAGGCGCUGGCCAGUGCUGCGCUCCCGGAGACGGCGUACGGAUGCAACUAUAGGACCAGGAGGCAGAGGGUUUUGGAAUCACAUUAUGCACUUGGUCAUGAACUCGGCGUAGGUGAUCACCAUGGCUGGUAAUUUUGGAGACCAAAGUUAGAGAUGAAUAUAGUCACUUUCAAUGAAUCGUAUGCGCGAGUCUGCCAUUUA